AGUACAAUCCAUUCAGUUCGGUCGAAAACUCCGGUUGGAUCGCAUGAACCAAAUAACUAAAAAACAACGAAUUUAAUAAAUAAACACACACCGGCUUUUGAAUACGAAUUAGUUAAAUUCGACUGACAAGCAAAUUACUAUUGAAUUAAAUCGAUAUAACUUCGUAAUAGUGUGAAAAAAACAUACCACAAACAAAAUGCCUGCUCGUUUUGAUGAUGUAACAACUGAAAACAACCGCACCGGUACUCCCUUGGACCUGGGAUCCGGUCAACAUAACUAUAAAAAAUUGCCUGAUGAAGUUGUUAUUUCCGGUAUGUCUGGACGAUUGCCAGAAAGUUCAACUAUCGAAGAAUUUAAGGAUAAUUUAUUCAAUGGCGUUGAUAUGGUCAACGAUGAACCAAGACGUUGGCCAAAAGGUUUAUACGAUUUACCAACCAGAAUUGGUAAAAUUAAGGAAGAAGAUUUGGAAAAAUUCGAUCAGCAAUUUUUCAGCGUACAUCAAAAACAAGCCGAAUGUAUGGAUCCACAAAUGAGAAUUUUGCUUGAAGCCACACACGAAGCAAUCAUCGAUGCUGGUUUCAAUCCACAAGAAUUGCGUGGCAGCCGAACUGGUGUAUACGUUGGUGCAUCAAACUCAGAAGUUGAACAAUAUUGGUGUGCAGAUCCAGAUCGUGUCAAUGGAUACGGUUUGACUGGUUGCGCUCGGGCUAUGUUUGCCAACCGUUUGUCAUUCACCUUUGACUUCAAGGGACCAAGUUAUGCAUGUGAUACUGCUUGCUCAAGUUCAUUGUAUGCAUUGUCACAGGCUUUCUCCGAUUUGAAAGCGGGCCAUUGUGAUUCGGCUAUUGUGGCUGGAGCUGGUAUCAUUUUGAAACCCACUAUGUCAUUGCAAUUCAAACGUUUGAGCAUGUUAAGCGCUGAAGGAAAGUGCAAGGCAUUCGACGAAAGUGGAGCUGGUUAUGUACGAUCGGACGGUGUUGUAGUUAUCUUUUUGCAAAAGCAAAGCCAAGCACGUCGUGUUUAUGCAUCAGUUUUGAAUGUUCGUACAAAUACUGAUGGUUUCAAAGAGCAAGGUAUCACAUUCCCAAUUGGUGACAUGCAAAAUCGUUUGAUUCGUGAAACCUACAACGAAAUUGGAUUGCAUCCACAUGAUGUUGUGUAUGUUGAAGCUCACGGUACUGGUACCAAGGUCGGUGAUCCACAAGAAGUUAACUCAAUCACUGAUUUCUUCUGCAAAGAUCGUAAAACACCAUUGCUCAUCGGUUCAGUAAAAUCAAAUAUGGGACAUUCAGAGCCAGCAUCUGGUGUAUGCUCAAUUGCCAAAGUUCUUUUGGCUAUGGAAGCUGGUAUUAUUCCAGGAAACUUGCACUACAAAUCACCAAAUCCAGAUUUGUACGGUAUUCUUGAUGGCCGUCUCAAGGUCAUUGACCGUAACACACCAUGGAAUGGCGGCAUCAUCGGUUUGAAUUCAUUCGGUUUCGGUGGCGCCAACGCCCACGUCAUCAUGAGAUCCAAUCCCAAACCAAAAUCAACUACACCAAGUGACACCAUUCCACGUUUGGCUGUAAUGUCAGGUCGUAACAGCGAAGCUAUUGAAUUACUUUUGGAUGAAGUCGACAAAAACAAAACCGACGAAGAAUUCUUGGGUUUGGUUAACGAAAUCCACUCAAAGAACAUUCCAUUGCAUUAUGCACGUGGUUAUGCUGUUGUCGGUGACAUGACAACCGUUCGCGAAGUUAGCGAAUUGGUCGAUGACAAACGCCCAGUCUGGUACAUUUACUCUGGCAUGGGAUCACAAUGGGCUAGCAUGGCCAAAGAUUUAAUGCAUUUGGAAGUGUUCCGCAACAGCAUUAAUCGUUGUGCUGACGCUUUGCGUCCAGAAGGCGUUGACUUGGUUAAAAUUCUUACCGAAAGCGACGAAUCAACAUUCGAUCACAUUUUGAAUUCAUUCGUUUCAAUUGCCGCCGUUCAAGUUGCACUCACCGAUGUUUUAACACAUUUGGGAAUUACUCCAAAUGGAAUCGUCGGACAUUCGGUCGGUGAAUUGGGUUGUGCCUAUGCCGAUGGCUGCUUUACACCAGAACAAACUGUUUUGGCUGCAUACUGGAGAGGACGCAGCAUCUUGGAAUCAGACUUGAAACAGGGUAUGAUGGCUGCUAUUGGUUUAUCAUGGGAAGACACAAAGGCUCGUGCUCCAGCCGAUAUUAUUGCCGCCUGUCACAACAGCAAUGACAGUGUCACCAUUUCAGGGCCACCAGAAUCAAUCACCAGUUUUGUUGAACAGCUUACCAAAGAAGGUGUAUUUGCAAAGGCUGUCAAAUCAUCGGGCUAUGCCUUCCACAGCAAAUACAUUGCUGAUGCUGGACCAAAAUUGCGUAAAUCAUUGGAACGUAUCAUUCCAAAUCCAAAACCGCGUACCUCACGUUGGCUCAGUACAAGCAUUCCAGAAGACAACUGGAAUACACCAAUCGCUCAACAAAGCUCACCGGCUUAUCACGUAAACAAUUUGUUGUCACCAGUUUUGUUUCACGAAGCCAUUCAACAUAUUCCAAAGAAUGCCAUUUGCAUCGAAAUUGCCCCAACUGGUUUAUUGCAAGCCAUUUUGAAGAGAUCUUUGGGCGGUGAAGCCGUUAAUUUGAGCUUGAUCAAACGUGGUCACGACAACAAUCUAUCUUUCUUCUUGCAAAAUGUUGGAAAAUUGUACGCCGCUGGUGCUCAACCACAAGUCUCCAAAUUGUAUGCUCCUCUUUCAUACCCAGUUGGUCGUGGUACACCUAUGUUGAACUCAAAAGUUGGAUGGGAUCACUCACAACGCUUUAUGGUUCCAAAAUUCGGAAUGGAUUCAACCUCCGGCGAAACCGUUGUUGAUGUAAAUCUCACCAAAGAAGAAGACGCAUAUUUGGCUGGUCACACAAUUGAUGGUCGUGUUUUGUUCCCAGCUACAGGUUACAUGACAUUGGCAUGGCGUACAUUUGCCAAGACAAAGAACAGCACAUUCGAAAAGACCCCAGUCGUUUUGGAAGAUGUUGUUUUCCAUCGUGCUACCAUUUUGCCAAAGGACGGUUCAGUCAAGUUCGGUGUUAACUUCUUUGAUGGAACCAACCGUUUUGAAAUUUGUGAAGGAGGUUCAUUGGCUGUAUCUGGUAAAAUCUAUGUACCCGAAGAUAUUGAAUUAGAACAAUUGCCAUUGGAACCACUCGAACAAGAUAAGUCUGGUUUGACUUUGAACCUCAACGAUGUCUACAAGGAAUUGCGUCUUCGUGGUUACGAUUAUAGUGGUAAAUUCCGUGGUGUUAGCGAAUCCGAUUCAAAAGCCGUUACCGGUAAAUUGCAAUGGCAAGACAAUUGGAUCAGUUUCAUCGAUACUAUGUUGCAAUUUAGUAUUAUGGGCAAAGAUUUGCGUGAAUUAUACCUACCAACACGUAUUGAACGUGCCGUUUUCGAUCCAACCAAACACUUUGAAUUGAUUGAAAAUCUCAAAUCAAAUAAAACAGAUGUUCCAGUUUACAUGUACAAAGACAUUAAUGUAAUCAAAUCGGGCGGAGUUGAAUUGCGCGGAUUAAAGGCUUCAUUGGCACCACGUCGUACAGGCACACAAUCACCACCAAUUUUGGAACGUUAUGUAUAUGUUCCAAUGAAAAAUGCCAACCAGGAUUUGGCAAAGGACAGCGAACAUGCCCGUUUGCAUGCCGUUUCCGUUGCAACCCAUUUGGCCAUUGAAAACAGCGGCGGUGCAUUGAAAGUUAAAGUAGCUGAUGUUGUUGAAAGUAAAACAGCCGAAAAUGCUCUUGCACAAACCGUUCAAAAUAUCAUUGAAAGCGAACCAACCUUAGCUAGUGAUGUUGCUAUCGUGACAAAUCAACCAACCGAACCCUAUGUACAAGCUGUGGGAGAAUCAGGCGUUCGUGUUGUUGCCAAAGAUCCAAGCACUGGUCCAGUCGAAUCAAACUGUCACAUGAUCGUUGCUUACGACGUUGUUCCACGUCCAAACGCCAACGUAAUUAUGGAUAAUCUUAAAUCGUCGAUCCGUGAAGAUGGUUUCGUUUUGCUCGAAGAAAAUGUUGUUGGUUAUGAUGAAGCCGCCGCAAACAAAUUGUUCGCCAGUUUCAACUUUGUGACUGUUUCAAUUCAACGUGCUACCAACAAAUACUUUAUUUUGUUGCGUCAAGCUGUUGAUUUUGCCAGCCGAAACAAGACAAUUGUUAUGAUCACCGAAAAGAAUUACUCAUACGUUGAAAAAUUGAAAACCGCCAUGGCCAAUGCUGAGAAAGACAACACCUAUGUAUACGUUGUUGGUCAAGGUGAAGAACUUUUGGGUGCCAUUGGUUUCAUGAACUGCAUCAAAAAUGAAAACGGUGGAAAAUUUGCACGUUUGGUAUUCGUACAAGAUGCAAAUGCUGAACAAUUCUCAUUCACAAGCAAAAUGUAUGCCGAACAAUUGACCAUGGAUUUGAUCAGCAAUGUGUACAAGAAUGGCGGUUGGGGAACAUUCAGACACAUGAAAUUGGAUGUACAAGGUGCAGUUUCCAAUUUGCCAGUUGAACAUGCUUACGUGAACGCCUUGACGAAGGGAGAUUUAUCAAGUUUGUCAUGGAUUGAAAGCCCAUUGAGCCGUCAAUUGCCUGAUCCAAAGGACAAACGCGUUGAAUUGUGCUCCGUAUACUAUGCACCAAUCAAUUUCCGUGACGUUAUGUUGAGCUCUGGAAAAUUGGCUGCCGAUGCAUUGCCAGGUGAUUUGGCCACACAAGAUUGUAUCUUGGGUUUGGAAUUCUCUGGACGUGACUCAGAAGGAAAACGUAUUAUGGCUAUGGUUCAAGCAAAAUCACUUGCUACAACUUGUGUCGCUCAAAGCAACAUGAUUUGGGAAAUUCCAAGCAACUGGACUAUGGAACAAGCUUCAACUGUUCCAUGUGUUUACUCGACUGUCUACUACGCUUUGGUUGUUCGUGGUAAAAUGAAGAAGGGUGAAUCAAUUUUGAUACAUGCCGGUAGUGGUGGUGUUGGUCAAGCAGCAAUCAGUGUUGCCUUACAUCAUGGACUCACCGUUUACACAACAGUUGGUAGCAAAGAAAAACGUGAAUUCUUGAAAAAGACCUUCCCACAAUUAACCGACGCCAACAUCAGCAACUCACGUGACACAUCAUUUGAACAAUUUGUUAUGCGUGCCACCAAAGGAAAGGGUGUUGAUUUGGUUUUGAAUUCACUUGCCGAAGAGAAACUUCAAGCUUCAGUUCGUUGCUUGGGUCUUAACGGUCGUUUCUUGGAAAUUGGAAAACUCGAUUUGAACAACAAUGCACCAUUGGGAAUGUCUGUGUUCUUGAAGAACACCUCAUUCCAUGGUAUUUUAUUGGACAGUGUUAUGGAAGGUGAUGAUGAAACAAUUGAAACCGUUGUCGGUUUGGUUGCUGAAGGUAUUAAGAAUGGAGCCGUUCGUCCAUUGCCAACCAGCGUAUUCAAUGAUAAACAAGUGGAACAAGCAUUCCGUUUCAUGGCCAGCGGUAAACACAUUGGUAAAGUUGUAGUCAAGGUUCGUGAUGAAGAAUCAAAACAGGCUAUGAAACCAGCAUCGAAAUUGAUUCCAGCCAUCCCAAGAACAUACAUGCACACCGAUAAAUCGUACAUCAUUGUCGGUGGUUUGGGUGGUUUCGGUUUGGAAUUGGCCAACUGGAUGGUUACACGUGGUGCCACCAAAUUGGUAUUGACAUCACGUAGCGGUGUUAAGACUGGUUAUCAAUCGUUGAUGGUUCGUCGUUGGAACGAUCGUGGUGUUCAAGUAUCAAUUGAUACAAAUGAUGUGACAACAAUGCAGGGUGCACAAAGCUUAUUCAAUGCAGCCAACAAAUUGGGACCAGUCGGUGGUAUUUUUAAUCUUGCCGCUGUAUUGCGUGAUGACGUUUUGGAAAAUCAAACUGAAAAAGAUUUCGAAACUGUUUGUAUACCAAAAGUUGAUGGAUCCAAACAUUUGGAUGCUGCCUCACGUGACUUGUGCCCUGUAUUGGACUACUUUGUGUGCUUCUCGUCAGUGUCGUGCGGUCGUGGUAAUAUCGGUCAAACUAACUACGGUUUGGCCAACUCGGCCAUGGAACGUAUCUGUGAAAAUCGUCAAGCAUCUGGUUUGCCAGGUACAGCCAUUCAAUGGGGAGCCAUCGGUGAUACUGGUUUAGUUAUUGACAGUUUGGGUGACAACGAUACUGUUGUCGGUGGUACAUUGCCCCAACGUAUGGUUUCAUGUUUACAAACCAUGGAUCUUUUUAUGCAACAGCCACACCCUGUGCUUUCUUCAAUGGUCGUUGCUGAAAAACGUAAGGCCGAAAGCAGCGGUGUCAGUUUGGUCAGCUGUGUUGCCAACAUCUUAGGAUUGAAAGACUUGAAGAAUGUCCCAGAUCAAGCAUCUUUGGCCGAUUUGGGUAUGGAUUCAUUGAUGGGUGCUGAAAUUAAACAAACAUUGGAACGUACCUACGAUGUCGUGAUGAGCGCGCCAGAAAUUCGUCAAUUGUCAUUCGGAAAACUUAAGGCUUUGGAAUCGGGAGCUGGAGGAGCUGCACCAACUGCAACCACUACAGAAACAAGCAACACUCAAGCAACAAACACCUCAGCUAUUGGCGAUGGAACUCAAGUCGUUUUCAACGAUGAAUUGAUGCCAACUGAAGUUUUGGUCAAACUUGAGAGUCAAGCACCAGCUGGUAGCAAAGCAUGCCCAUUGUUUGCUGUUCAUGCUAUUGAAGGUUUUGUCACUGCUUUGAAACCAUUGGCCGCCAAAUUAACCGUACCAGUUUAUGGUUUGCAAUGUACAAAGGAAGCUCCAUUGACUUCACUGAGCGAUUUAGCUGCAUUCUAUAUCAAACAAAUUAAGACCGUUCAAAAGACUGGCCCAUAUGUCAUCAUUGGUUAUUCGUUCGGUGCAUCGGUUGCCUUUGAAAUGGUCUCGCUUUUGGAGAAGGCCGGCGAAAAAGCCACUCUUGUUAUGCUUGACGGUUCACCAAAAUACGUCAGCUGGUACACAGAAGCCCAUCAACAACGCAAAGAAAAAGCCACUGAAUCACAACACGAAUCAUAUGGUUUGGCCUACUUCGGAAUGGUUGUUGCCAACUUAGACUAUGUAAAAACUGCCAUGGAAUUAGACACUCUUGCUUCACUCGAUAUGAAAUUGAAACGUCUUGCUGAACUCAUUGCUCCAAAAACUAAAUGCCCAUCUGAAACCGUUCAAUUGGCCGCAAUUACUUUCUACAAAAAACUCAAGGCAUCUCACUUUUACAAACCAGAACGUAAACUCACCAACUCCAACGUCACUUUGUUCAAACCAACCGAAAACUACGUUAAGUUGGCCGCUGACUAUGGUCUAUCAGAAGUCGUUACAUCGAAAAUUGAUGUUGUAACUGUGAAAGGUGACCACAGAACUAUCUUGACCGGAGAAUCAGUAGACAAGAUUGCCACCGUUCUAAAAGCACUUACCGAAUAAAAAAAGAAAUCAUCAAUAGCGAUCUGUAUAUAAUGUUAAUUUAUGAUAAAUUAUAAACUUUUCACAUGGCCAAGAAGAAUUUAUCAAUUGAUUUUUGUGCGGUAAUUUUGUGGCAAUUAUUCAAAGGUCCAGUUUAAUUGGCACAUAAUUACCACAGAAUAAAAUCAAUGAUAAUUUUUUUUGCGCUUGUAGAAGAGUUGGACAGCCAAAUGACACAAGAAUAAUGAUUAUGUAUAACAUUCCAUUUGAAUACAUUAUUUAAUUUAUUUAUGAAUUAAUUAAUUUUUCUAUUUUAAAACAUGUUUAUUUUCCUCAAAUGAGUCAACAGAUGUAUGAAUGAAAUAUAUAUUUUUUCGGUAUAAAUUAAUGUAAGUCGAGCUUCAGGAGACGGAUCGAACCUCUUUAAAGUUUUGUAAAGAACAAAUAUUUUAAGUUUUUUGAUCAAAUUUGCCAACAUGGAAUAUCGAAUAAUAAAAAUAAAUGUAUACAUUGAAUGUAUAACAAAGUGAAAA